AUGAUUUUGGAAAUAAUCUUUUUCAGCGGAUUCUUCAGUGUCUGUUAUUUAAUUGACGAAGAGGUAAUGUGCGAAGCAAUAACUACACAUUAUUUUAGCGCCGAAGAUUCGGAAAGUCGCGUGUUCCAAUUCUCUGUGGUAUCUUCGACCAGAUCAGGGUUCAAAGUGUAUCUCAGACAUUGCUUUCAUCCGAAGGAAUUGACAAAACGAUUGAUGAGACAGUGAGCCAAGACCAGAAGAUUCGAAAGAAGGGCAAGAAACGAUCAGCUGGGGUCAAAUCAUCCCCAUGUUUGAGUGCUAGCACCGAAACUUUAAGAGAAGAAAGAACCCAGAGGAAUGCAAUUGUUUCCAGAAAGGCUGAUUCCAAUUCUGAGAAGCCUCGGAAUUUAUAG